AUGUCAAAUUCAUCACAUACUUUCGCUCAAUUUUUAUGUGCAAAAUUUACUUGUCUUUCAUCAUCGUCAUCUGGAGAUGAGCAUAGAGUUCGUAACAAGAGAAGAAAAUGUCGUACGUUGAAAUAUACUUCAUUUGAACAAUUACCAAAUGAAUUACUUUUGGAACUUUUUGAUUAUUUUACAUUGUUCGAUAUUUAUACUAUAUUCUAUGGUCUAAAUACACGUUUCAAUCAAUUGAUCGCUUUUUCAUGUAUACGAGGUUUUGCUAUUCAUUCAAUUAGAGAAAAUAAUCUUUAUCUCAAAUGUAUUCUACCUGACAUUCCUCCAUGGCAAAUUAAUACACUUAAAUUAUGGCACAAUAGUUCAUAUGAACAAUUACUUAAUAAAUUUCCAAUUAAUUUAUAUUAUGUACAUACUUUAAUUUUAAAAAGACUAAAAAAUCUUUCAUUUCAUCAAUGUAGAGAAUUGCUUAAACAUUUUAAAUGUUUAGAAACAUUAUCUAUGAUUGAUUUUCAUACUGCUAAAGUUGAUUGGCUUGAUGAUAAUAAUUGGAAAAAUCUUAUCGACAUUGAUUUACCUCACCUUCGUUAUCUUGACGUGCGUAUUUCUGUUAUCUAUCAUAAGCAAAUAUAUGAUGAUGACAAGGACAAUAUUAUUUAUAGUUUCACAUCUCGUUAUGGCCGUCCUACCUAUCGUUUAUAUACAGGCAGUUUAUUGAAGAGAGAUCCAAUCUUAGAAAUAUGUUUGACCAUUGAUCAAGUAUUUCCUUUACGAUAA